AUGCACACCGUUGUCAACGACAUGACCCCCGCCACCGCGACGAGCCCCCGCGGAAGAGCCAUGACGGACGCCGGGGAUGUCUCGUCCAAACGACAGUACUACAAGGAAUGGUACGAAAAGAACAAACUCAAGCGCAAGGCGUACAACGCCAGGAACAAGGACCACGUCCGCGAGUGGCACGCGAAGAACCGUGACCGCGUGCUCCAACACAAGCGAAAGUACCGCGAGAACAACCGUGAAAAAGAAAAGGAGCGCCACAAACGGUACUUUGAGGCGAAUCGCGACAAAAUCCUCGAGCGCGCGCGGGCGUAUCGGGCAAAGAACAAAGACAAGCGCCAUGCGUAUGACAAGGCGUACAAAGAAAAACACAAGAAGCUCGAACUCGCCGUUCGCCUCCAACAGCACGACUCGCCGUCGUCGCAGGGCCUGCUCCAACUCCUCGCCGGCGUUGUCGCCACGUCCCCCGCGGAUCCUGCCUGUGCACUGACCGUCCAUCGGCACAUGCAAUUGUCGUUCAUUCUGAAUGCUGAUAAAGCUACAUGA